CUUACCAGGUAUUUGACCUCACGCCAGGCACCUGAUUUGCCAAUGGCGCGCCUCCAGUCGCUAGCAAGCUCAUUCACAUCACUCACAUUAUUGCUUUCAUCACCAGUAAGCCACACAUACAUCAUGGCCUCUCGAUGGCAGCAGUGGCACCCGCUGGUGGACGUGCUCAGGUCAUCAAGCAGCAGCGCUCGACUCGCUGGCACUCGCGCUCUCACCACAGUCCCCAGAGCAAGGCCUCAUGUACUCAGUCAUGGCGAGUGUCGUAGAUGCUAUGCAGUCGCUUCGAGCAAAUACAGUUCGCCCAGCAGACAAAGAACAGACUCAAGACCAGCCAGGGGUGGCAAACUGGAAAUGAGGAUUGGGCGCAGAACCUGGUCUCAAGAGCAGGACUUGACACGCAUCACCAGGAGCUUCCUCGUGAAGCUCAAAAAGGGGGAGAAGCCGCAGAUCGCAGCUGGUCAGCCGCCGCGACUGCGCUUUGAGCCAGAGGAAUACGUCCAUGUACUGAACCUCUGGACGCGGAUUCGCAAGGACGCUGGUCCAUCUUGGCCUUUGCAGCUGGCCCCUGAAUUGCGCCCUUCCAAGGAGAUCCUACACGAUCUGGGGGUCCUGCUCGCCGAUUUGGCCGAGUCCAACCACCCUGCAGCGUCACCCGGAGAAGCUCACCUCGCGAUGCUCGCAGGCGCCUCGGCGCUCGGAUGCGACGCGUCAACCGUCAGCCUGACGCGCUGGUGGAAUUCAAAGUUCCCGCAGACGGACAUGGCCCUUUCGAACCUGUUCAGACCCGUCGCAGUCCGGUUCCGCGAGAUUCUGAGCAAGGGCAACAAUCCGUACGCCCUCACUGUGGAGGCCCUUCGGCUCGUCAACACAGGCAAGCCGCAGGCUGCACUCAGAUUCGUCAAUCGUGUGUCCCAAGUCACGGAUGUGGAGUCUUUCCCUUGGAGGGAUCUGUUGGAGUCAUGCCAAUCAAAGUCACAGCUGGAGCACGAAGACGUGAGCGCAGCGUUGGAGGCGGCUCGCGAUCCUAGUCAGGAGAGGUCCCAGGCGGCCAUGGAAACUCUCAUGAAGCAUAGCCCGGUUGCGGCGGAGAGACGCCGCGCAGCAGAGAGGCACUUUAUGAUCGAACCGAACCUCGUGUCUCUGCGGUUCCUCGCUGAAGACGACGUUGCCAGCGAGCCAGCUGUGGGUGAUGCUCACAACGCCGUGGACAUUAUCCAGAAAGAGUGGAAACUCUUGUACGAGACCAUGAAGGAGGAGUCCAAGGAGGCGGAGCGUUAACGCCCUGCGAGAACGAUGUAAGGCCAUAUGUAGAUUUCUGUCA